UCAUGGGCCUGCGCCUGCAUCACCUUCCUUGCCCGUCAUCCUCCUCCAGCCACGUACGACAUCAUCCUCCUCCAAACCACCAUCCCGUCCCAGACCGGUGUCGUCAUGGCCACCCAGGUCCAAGCCCCCACCAGGAUCCCGUCCCCCGACCUUGACCGCCCGACGUCAAAUGCCCCCGACGCCCCCGACACCCGCCCGUCGUCCUCAUCGGCGCUGCCCAAGAACCGCAGGACCACCUUCGACCUCGAGCCCAAUCCCUUCGAGCAGUCCUUCGCCCGCCCCUCCAACGACUCGUCCCAGCAGCGGGCGGACCGCUCCCAUUCUGGCUCGCCGCCCUCUCCGAAGCCCGUCCUCCCCCCACUCGCAAGAUCUCCUCCCCGUCGGACGCUUCCUACACUGGGGCUACUCGGCUCGCACCUGUCAAACUCCUGCGGUCGGGGCCCCUGUCCCCUGCGAUGCUCGCGGGGCCCCAACCCAACUCCAACAACGACCAGCCGCUGCCCGCCUUCGACCCCUCCACCUUCCGCACCGGCUUACUCCCGCACGGGGCUCACGCCGGGCACGGGGCUCACUCCCCUCAUCGGCGGGCCCGUCUCGUUCCCUCCGCCCUCGCCCAAUACGGCUGCCUUCCUCGCGAUGAUGCAGAACUCCAGUGGAGCCACCCCGAGCCUCUCCAGCGUCGCAGGCACCAUUACGCCCAACACCCUAUCAGCCAUCACCGGCGUCCUCUCGACCACGCAUCAUUCCCACUCGCACGCGACGACCAACCCGUCCCCGCUCUCCAUGCACGCGUACCAGCCCCAGGCACCGGGCCAGAGUCAGCCGAGAGAAGGCAAUGGUAACGGCAAUGGCUACUCCUCGAACGCCGCCACCAACUCUGCCGCCAACGGCCUCUUCCUCCUCUCCCAGGCGCACCAGGAGCUCGCGAAGCGCGAGGCCCAGGCCGCUGCCGCCGCAACGCCAACGCCAACGGCGCUGCGAACCCGAGCGCGACUACCACCACCAAUGGCAACGGCGCUCCCGCGCCUACUCCGGCCCCACCGCCUCGGCGAACAACAAGCGGGGGACGAAGCGGAAAGCGUCGCGCAGGAGCCCGCGUCGGGGAAGCGGACGCGGUCGUCGACGGCAUCGAGUGCGACGCAGCGGAGAGGCAGCGUGCCGAGCAUGGAUGGUGAGGAGGAGGAAGAGGACGAUGACAUGAUGGACCCGCCCCCACCGCCCUCGAAGAAGGGCGGGGCUCAGAAAAAGCCAGAGACGGAGGAGGAAAAGCGGAGAAACUUCUUGGAGCGCAAUCGACAGGCUGCGCUCAAGUGUCGGCAGCGGAAGAAGGCGUGGCUGUCGCAGCUCCAGGCGAAGGUCGAGUACCUGUCGAACGAGAACGAGCGGCUCACCGCUGCGCUGGUCGCCUCGCGCGAGGAGAUCUCGCGACUAUCCGCGCUCGUCGGCGCGGCAUCCGUCGGUCCCGCCGUGUCGAUGGGCGGGUCGAACGUCGGUGUCAACGGCUCGCACGUCCCCGUGAACGGCGGGCCGCCGAUCAGCGUGAGCGUAACGAUGCCGCCCGGAGGGAAGAGCGCGACGGCGAUGGUCGGUGGCGGCGGUCGGGUUAUGGGUACUGAGGCCUGAGGUA